GGUCAAGACGUCCGGCCUCGGGGUCCGAGGCUGGGCAGCCGGGUUCCCUGCGCGGCGCUGAGCGGGCGGGCUGCAGGGCCCGGGUCUUAGGGCAUUCAGGCCGGGUCGCAGGAUCGUCCGCCAUCACCGUCGCCGGCGCGCUGGGAGCCGGCGGGGAUGGAACGGGAGGCGUCGCCGUGGGGCCUGGAGCCACGGGAUGUGCAAAGCCCUGACGAAAUGGGGAGCCCCGAAGGGUCCCCGAAAGGCAACAUGAGUGAGAAUGAGGAAGAGGAAAUUUCUCAGCAAGAAGGCACUGGGGACUAUGAGGUUGAAGAGAUACCCUUUGGGCUUGAACCCCAGAGUCCUGGGUUUGAGUCACAGAGCCCAGAGUUUGAACCACAAAGCCCCAGGUUUGAGCCCGAAAGCCCAGGUUUUGAGUCCCGAAGUCCUGGGUUUGUGCCCCCUAGCCCCGACUUUGCACCCAGAAGCCCUGAAUCAGAUUCUCAGAGCCCCGAGUUUGAACCUGGCAGUCAUAGGUAUGAGUCCCAAAGCCCUUGGUAUGAACCUAAGAGCCCAGGAUAUGAGCCCCGCAGCCCUGGCUAUGAGCCCAAGAGCCCCGGAUAUGAACCCCGGAGCCCUGGAUGUGAAUCUCAGAGCCCGGGGUAUGUACCCCAGAACCCUGGAUUGGAACCCCAGAAUUCUGAGUUCAAAACCCAAAGCCCAGAAUUUGAAGCUCAAGGUUCCAAAUUCCAGGAGGGUGCAGAAAUGCUGAAUCCUGAGGAAAAGAAUCCCUUGAACAUCCCCUCGGGAGUCCACCCCUUGGACUCCUUCACCCAGGGGUUUGGGGAGCAGCCCACCGAGGGCCUGCCCCUAGGGCCACCUUUUGAGAUGCCCACAGGGGCCCUGCUGUCUACACCCCAGUUUGAGAUGCUGCAGAAUCCCCUGGGCCUGACAGGGGCCCUUCGGGGUCCAGGCCGUCGGGGUGGCCGGGCCAGGGGUGGGCAGGGCCCUCGGCCCAACAUCUGCGGCAUCUGCGGGAAGAGCUUUGGGCGGGGCUCCACCCUGAUCCAGCACCAGCGCAUCCACACGGGUGAGAAACCCUAUAAAUGUGAGGUCUGUAGCAAGGCCUUCUCCCAAAGCUCUGACCUCAUCAAACACCAGCGCACCCACACGGGCGAGCGGCCCUACAAGUGUCCCCGUUGUGGCAAGGCCUUCGCUGACAGCUCUUACCUGCUUCGCCACCAGCGCACUCACUCUGGUCAGAAGCCCUACAAGUGCCCACACUGUGGCAAGGCCUUUGGCGACAGCUCCUACCUCCUGAGGCACCAGCGCACCCACAGCCACGAGCGGCCCUACAGCUGCCCUGAGUGUGGCAAGUGCUACAGCCAGAACUCAUCCCUGCGUAGUCACCAGAGGGUGCACACCGGGCAGAGGCCCUUCAGCUGUGGCAUCUGUGGCAAGAGCUUCUCCCAGCGCUCGGCACUCAUCCCCCAUGCCCGCAGCCAUGCCCGCGAGAAGCCCUUCAAGUGCCCUGAGUGCGGCAAGCGCUUUGGCCAGAGCUCUGUGCUGGCCAUCCAUGCCCGCACCCACCUGCCGGGCCGCACCUACAGCUGCCCCGACUGCGGCAAGACCUUCAAUCGCUCGUCCACGCUGAUUCAGCACCAGCGCUCCCACACCGGCGAGCGGCCCUACCGGUGCGCCGUGUGCGGCAAGGGCUUCUGCCGGUCUUCCACGCUGCUGCAGCAUCACCGAGUCCACAGUGGGGAGCGGCCCUACAAGUGCGAUGACUGUGGAAAGGCCUUCUCACAGAGCUCCGACCUCAUCCGCCACCAGCGGACCCACGCGGCCGGCCGGCGCUGACCUGGGACCCUGCGAGUGUGCGUGUGUGCGUGUGUGUG